AUGGAGAACAAAGGGAGGUUUGUGCUGCUGAUGACAAUUUUGUGUGCACCAAUGAUAAGUGCACUACUUUUUGAAGGUAUUGUUGGAGGUGUUUUUCUUGUAAGUGGCUAUUAUUUUGCGCCAAAAAUUUAUUGUCAUUUCACUGAAUGCUGUGCUGAAUGCUGUAAGAACAAGUGGAUUAAACUCAACAUGACGGGUUUACAGUCAGCCCUUCGGAGGUGUGUUCUUGGUCAACACUUGAUCCCUGAGACCGUUUUAAAGGCUCUUGUUGAACAUUUGAACAAUGAGUCGCCUGAUAAAGCGUUAGCCCUUUCCUUCAAUGGCUGGACAGGAUCAGGAAAGAACUUUGUGAGCAAAAUCAUAGCCGAACAUAUCUUCAAGAAGGGAUUGGAGAGUGAUUAUAUUCAUCAGAUCAUAGCUACUCAUGAAUUCCCUCAUCAGAACAAAGUAGAUGAUUACGAGGAAAAGCUGCGCGAACUAGUGAUAGAUUCUGUAAAAAAGUGCCCCAGAUCGCUGUUUAUCUUUGACGAAAUGGAUAAAAUGCCCACAGGCCUCAUAGAUGUGCUUAAACCCUUCUUGGAUCAUUACCCCUCUGAUGAAGGCAAGAUCGAUUACCGUCAAAGUAUCUUCAUAUUCCUUAGCAAUACGGGGGGUCAUCUUAUCUACGGUGUUGUUCUAAAACACUUGAAAGACGGAAAGAAAAGAGAAGACAUCACGAUUAAAGAGAUGGAGAAAGUCAUCAAUCUCGGUGGAUUUUGGCAUUCCUUUCUAAUUGAAAAAAAUCUCAUAGAUUACCUUAUUCCGUUUUUGCCGAUGGAGAGACCUCACGUUAAAAAGUGUGCUAAAGCCGAUUUAGAGAAGAAAGGACACCCAGUCACAGAUUCCAUCCUAAACAGAGUAGCUGACGAAUUGUUAUACUUUCCAGAAGACCAGAAGGUAUUUUCUCGGUCUGGUUGUAAGAAAAUUUCAAGCAAAAUUGACUAUGUGAUGGGGUGAGGAAUUUU